AUGAUUGGUAAGAGCAUCUGGGAGCUGGUGAUUGAGCAGUUUGAAGAUCUCUUGGUCAGGAUCCUGCUGUUGGCUGCCUGCAUCUCUUUUGUACUGGCUUGGUUUGAGGAAGGUGAGGAAACCGUCACUGCCUUCGUCGAGCCAUUUGUCAUCCUUCUCAUCCUUAUUGCUAAUGCUGUCGUUGGAGUAUGGCAGGAGCGCAAUGCGGAGAGCGCCAUCGAGGCCCUGAAGGAGUAUGAGCCAGAGAUGGGCAAAGUCUACCGCGCUGACAGAAAGAGCGUACAGAUGAUCAAAGCCAGAGAGAUUGUUCCUGGAGAUAUUGUGGAAGUGUCAGUUGGUGACAAAGUCCCUGCUGAUAUCAGAAUCACCGCCAUCCGCUCCACAACUCUGCGAGUUGACCAGUCUAUCCUCACUGGUGAGUCCGUCAGUGUGAUUAAACACACAGAGUCUGUCCCUGACCCCAGGGCUGUCAACCAGGACAAGAAGAACAUGCUUUUCUCUGGCACUAACAUCGCUGCCGGCAAGGCUAUCGGAGUUGUGGUUGCCACCAGCGUCUCCACUGAGAUCGGUAAAAUACGUGACCAGAUGGCUGCCACUGAGCAGGAGAAGACCCCCUUGCAGCAGAAGCUGGAUGAGUUCAGUGAGCAGCUCUCCAAAGUCAUCUCCCUCAUCUGUGUGGCUGUCUGGCUCAUCAACAUUGGCCACUUCAACGACCCUGUUCAUGGUGGCUCCUGGAUCCGCGGUGCUGUCUACUACUUCAAGAUCGCUGUGGCUCUUGCUGUAGCUGCCAUCCCCGAAGGUCUGCCUGCUGUCAUCACUACCUGCUUGGCUUUGGGAACCCGCCGUAUGGCUAAGAAGAAUGCCAUUGUCCGUUCUCUUCCCUCUGUAGAGACUCUGGGCUGCACAUCUGUCAUUUGCUCAGACAAAACUGGCACCCUCACCACCAACCAGAUGUGUGUUACAAAGAUGUUCAUCAUUGAGAAGGUGGACGGUGACUCUGUGACUCUUGACCAGUAUGACAUUUCUGGAUCCAAGUACACACCAGAGGGAGAAGUUACUAGGCGUGGACUUCCUGUCAAGUGUGGCCAGUAUGAUGGCCUUGUUGAGCUGGCAACCAUCUGCGCCUUGUGCAAUGACUCCUCUCUGGACUACAAUGAGUCUAAAGGAAUCUAUGAGAAAGUGGGUGAAGCUACAGAGACUGCCCUGUGUUGCCUGGUUGAAAAGAUGAACGUGUUCAGCACUGAUGUCCGUGGUCUGUCCAAGGUGGAGAGAGCCAACACAUGCUGCACUGUGAUCAAGCAGCUUAUGAAGAAGGAAUUUACUCUUGAGUUCUCCCGUGACAGGAAGUCCAUGUCUGUCUAUUGCUCCGCUGCAAAGGCCUCCAAGGCCCCUGUUGGAAACAAGAUGUUUGUCAAGGGUGCGCCUGAGGGUGUGAUUGACAGAUGUGCCUAUGUGCGUGUUGGAACCACCCGUGUGCCCCUGACUGGUCCAGUUAAGGAUAAGAUCAUGGCUGUGAUCAAGGAAUGGGGAACUGGCCGUGAUACCCUGCGCUGCCUGGCACUGGCAACCUGUGACAACCCUCUGAGAAAGGAGGAAAUGAACCUGGAGGACUCCACCAAGUUUGCCGAGUAUGAGACUGAUCUCACCUUCGUAGGUUGCGUUGGUAUGCUGGAUCCUCCACGUAAAGAGGUUGUUGGAUCCAUUGAGCUGUGCAGGGCUGCUGGUAUCCGUGUGAUCAUGAUCACAGGCCUACCAUUAAAAGCCGCUGGCACUGCUGUUGCCAAGUCAGCCUCUGAGAUGGUCCUGGCCGACGACAACUUCUCCAGCAUUGUGGCUGCCGUUGAGGAGGGCAGAGCCAUUUAUAACAACAUGAAGCAGUUCAUCCGCUACCUCAUCUCUUCCAACGUCGGAGAGGUUGUGUGUAUCUUCCUGACUGCUGCUCUUGGUCUUCCUGAGGCUCUGAUCCCAGUUCAGCUUCUGUGGGUGAACCUGGUGACUGACGGUCUUCCUGCCACCGCUCUGGGAUUCAACCCCCCGGAUUUGGACAUCAUGGGCAAGGCUCCCCGCUCCCCCAAAGAGCCUCUCAUCUCUGGCUGGCUCUUCUUCAGAUACCUAGCCAUUGGAGGUUAUGUUGGUGCUGCAACUGUCGCUGCUGCUGGCUGGUGGUUCCUUUACUGCGAAGAAGGCCCCAUGGUCUCCUUCUACCAGCUGUCCCACUUUAUGCAGUGCACUGCUGAGAACGAGGACUUUGCUGGCAUUGAAUGUGAGGUGUUCGAGGCUGCUCCUCCCAUGACAAUGGCUCUGUCUGUCCUGGUCACCAUUGAGAUGUGCAACGCUCUGAACAGCUUAUCCGAGAAUCAGUCUCUGGUGCGUAUGCCUCCAUGGAGCAAUUUGUGGUUGGUGGGAGCCAUGAGUCUCUCCAUGUCUCUGCACUUCAUGAUCAUCUAUGUGGACCCUCUGCCUAUGAUCUUCAAGCUAACCCAUCUCAACGUGACCCAGUGGAUCGUUGUACUGAAGCUUUCCUUCCCCGUCAUCCUUAUUGACGAGCUGCUCAAGUUUGUUGCCCGCAACUACUUGGAACAGAAAGAUGAGAAUCUAGUGUCCAAAAAGUGGGACUGAAAAAGCGAAGAAAUGAGCAAAACAGCAGAAAAAUUAAGUUCGCCAGGAGGGAAAAAGAAAACCACUGUGAACCAGUGAAAGUCAACCAUGAAAUGUAAAACCUUAUAGAAAAUAAAAAAUUAUUUAA